AACAAGUAUUAUCCUCCUGACUGGACGCCUGAAAAAGGCUCGAUCAAUACACAUUAUGGCAAGCAUGCCUUGGGCGAUAGAGCAAGAAAGCUCGAUCAGGGUAUUCUGAUUGUUAGAUUUGAGUUACCCUUCAAUAUUUGGUGUACGGGUUGUGAUAAUCAUAUUGGUCAAGGUGUUCGCUACAAUGCUGAAAAGAAAAGGAUUGGGAACUAUUAUAGUACACCUAUUCUUCAGUUCAGAAUGCGCUGUCAUUUAUGCAGCAAUUGGAUUGAGAUUCAUACAGAUCCAAAGAACACACAAUAUGUUGUUGUCAGUGGAGCUAGAAAGAAAGUAGAAGAAUGGAAUGAGGAGGAUACAGAAGUUAUUAAAUUACAAGAUGAACAAGUCAAGGAGAAACUAGAAAAUGACCCCAUGUAUCGCUUGGAGCAUGGGAUCGCUGAUAAAAAAACACUGGAGAAUGCAACACCGCACUUGACACAGCUACAGAACUUAAAUCAAUCUCAAUGGGCAGAUCCUUAUACAAAAUCACAACAAUUACGAAAGCGGCUUAGA